ACUAAAAUAAUAAUAAAAAAUGACCUACCAAACGACGUCGCUGAAGUCUUAUCGGGCCAUAUCUGAAAAGGGACGUUUUAAAAAAUAAAAUCGGAAACGACGUCGCAAGAGGAUUGUCGGAAUUCGGAACUGCGAAGUAAAAAGCCUAUAACAUUAUGAUGUAUCCUCGAGGGAGAGCAUCCGCUGAUUUUCUGAACUCUUAUAAUUCUGUUCAUUUCCCUGCGGAGAGAGCAAAUUCAAACAAAGAAGACGAAAGAGAUAUACAUAGGGGGUAAAAAAGAUAUGGUGAAGGUGCGAAUGAACACGGCCGAUGUGGCCGCAGAAGUGAAAUGCUUAAGGAGGUUAAUCGGCAUGCGCUGCUCCAAUGUCUAUGAUCUCUCUCCCAAGACGUAUGUAUUCAAGUUAAUGAAUAGCAGUGGAGUAACUGAAUCAGGGGAGAGCGAAAAGGUUUUGCUCUUAAUGGAGAGCGGUGUCCGCCUGCACACUACUGCUUAUGUUCGUGACAAAAGUAAUACACCUUCUGGUUUUACCCUCAAAUUACGGAAGCAUAUACGUACUAGAAGGCUUGAAGAUGUACGGCAGCUUGGUUAUGAUAGGAUUGUCCUGUUUCAAUUUGGACUUGGUGCUAAUGCACAUUAUGUCAUAUUGGAGUUGUACGCACAAGGAAAUAUUCUGCUCACUGAUUCUGAUUUUACAGUUCUAACUCUUCUUCGGUCCCAUAGGGAUGAUGAUAAAGGGUUUGCAAUUAUGUCAAGGCAUCGGUAUCCUACUGAAAUUUGCAGAGUUUUUGAGCGAAUAACUGCUGAAAAGUUGCAGGAAUCUCUUACAUCCUUUAAAGAACCGGAAAUUAGUGAACCUGUAAAUGAUGGGGAAAAUAAUAUGUCUGAAAAACUGAAGAAAGAAAAGCAGGGAAAAAGCACAGGCACUAAAUCGUCUGACCAGAGUAAAAGUAAUAGUGAUGGAAAUCGUGCUAAACAGACUACAUUGAAGAAUGUCCUUGGAGAGGCAUUGGGCUAUGGUCCAGCACUUUCUGAGCAUAUGAUAUUGGAUGCUGGUUUGGUGCCAAACACAAAAUUUUCUAAAAGUAAUAGACUAGAUGAUAAUGCUAUACAGGUUUUGGUCCAAGCUGUUGCUAAACUCGAAGACUGGCUCCAGGACAUUAUUUCAGGAGAUAAAAUUCCUGAAGGUUACAUUUUGAUGCAGAAUAAAAAUGUGGGCAAGAACCACCCAUCAUCUGAAAGUGCUUUCAAGAUCUAUGAUGAAUUCUGCCCUAUAUUAUUGAACCAAUUCAAAAUGAGGGAAUAUGUGAAGUUUGAUACAUUUGAUGCAGCACUGGAUGAGUUCUACAGCAAAAUUGAGAGUCAAAGGGCAGAACAACAACAAAAAACAAAAGAGAACUCUGCCAUCCAAAAGCUAAAUAAAAUACGUCUGGAUCAGGAGAACCGUGUGCUAACAUUGAGGAAAGAAGUAGACCUCUGUGUUAGAAAGGCGGAAUUGAUAGAGUACAACUUAGAAGAUGUGGAUGCUGCUAUAUUAGCUGUUCGUGUAGCUCUUGCAAAGGGAAUGAGUUGGGAGGAUCUUACUCGUAUGGUGAAGGAAGAGAAAAAGUUGGGAAAUCCUGUGGCUAGCCUAAUUGACAAACUCCAUCUUGAAAGGAACUGCAUGACAUUACUGUUAAGCAACAAUCUUGAUGACAUGGAUGAUGAUGAAAAGACACUUCCAGUGGACAAGGUUGAAAUUGAUUUGGUACUUUCAGCACAUGCCAAUGCUCGGAGGUGGUAUGAAAUGAAGAAAAAGCAAGAAAGCAAGCAGGGAAAGACUGUUACAGCCCAUGAAAAGGCCUUUAAAGCAGCAGAGAGAAAGACUCGUCUCCAGCUUUCACAGGAAAAAUCUGUUGCUACUAUAUCUCAUAUGCGAAAAGUUCACUGGUUUGAGAAGUUUAAUUGGUUUAUCAGCAGUGAGAAUUAUCUGGUUAUUAGUGGACGCGAUGCUCAACAAAAUGAGAUGAUAGUCAAACGAUAUAUGUCAAAAGGAGAUCUGUAUGUCCACGCAGAACUACAUGGAGCUUCUAGUACUGUGAUAAAAAAUCACAGGCCUGAACAACCUGUACCUCCUCUUACUUUAAACCAGGCUGGAUGUUAUACAGUUUGCCAAAGCCAGGCAUGGGAUUCAAAGAUUGUUACUAGUGCAUGGUGGGUGUACCCUCACCAGGUCAGUAAAACUGCUCCUACAGGGGAGUACCUGACAGUUGGAAGUUUCAUGAUUCGUGGAAAGAAGAACUUUCUUUCUCCACAUCCUCUUAUAAUGGGCUUUGGCUUGUUAUUUCGCUUGGAUGAGAGCUCGUUGGGAUCACAUUUGAAUGAAAGGAGGGUACGAGGUGAGGAAGAAGGGAUGAAUGAUUUUGAAGAAAGUGGACCUCCCCUAGAAAUUUCUGAUUCUGAGUCAGAGAAGGAAGAAAUAGGAAAAGAAGUUAUGUCUGAAUCAAAAACUACUGCUGAUGCAGAAGUUGUUGAUUCAAUUAAUUUUCUUCAACAAGGUACUGCUGCAGGUGGGAUCAGCAAUGAUGAUAUCUCUGAUAUUGUUGGAAAUGAUGUUGCUUCUGCUGCCCCACAACUUGAAGAUCUCAUUGAUAGAGCUCUUGGGUUAGGACCUGCUACUGUAUCCCAGAAAAAUUAUGGAGUUGAAAUAUCUAAGAUAGAUUUGUCUAAGGAAGACGAUCAGGAAGAAACGAAAGCAACAAUGAAAGAUAAACCUUAUAUUUCAAAAGCUGAAAGAAGGAAGCUCAAGAAAGGACAGAAAAGUGAUGCUGCAGAUGAAAACAUUGAGCGGAAAAAAGAAGAAUCGAAAGAAAAUGAUGCUUUUGUUAGUCAACGUGAAAAGAGUAGUCAAAGUAAUAAGGCAGGCAGUGGAAAAAUCAGUCGUGGGCAGAAGAGUAAACUUAAGAAGAUGAAGGAGAAGUAUGCUGAUCAAGAUGAGGAAGAAAGGAGCAUUCGGAUGGCUUUACUGGCUUCUGCUGGCAAUACACGCAAGAAAGGUGGAGACUCACAAAAUGAAAGUGUAGCCACUGACAAUGCAUCUGCUGACAAAGGGAAGACACCUGUUACAGGUUCUGAAGAUGCUCCAAAAGUAUGCUAUAAAUGCAAAAAGCCAGGUCACCUAUCUCGGGAUUGCCCUGAAAAUCCAGAUGAUAGUUCACAUAAUCAUGCAAAUGGUGGACCUGCAGAGGAAUCUCAUGUGGACUUGGGCCGUACAACUUUGGAGGCAGACAGGGUGGCCAUGGAGGAAGAUGACAUCCAUGAGAUUGGUGAAGAAGAUAAAGGGAAAUUAAAUGAUACGGAUUACUUGACCGGAAAUCCCUUGGCUAGUGACAUUCUCUUGUACGCUGUGCCUGUCUGUGGUCCUUACAGUGCAGUGCAAUCAUAUAAAUACCGAGUGAAGAUUGUUCCUGGCACUGCGAAGAAAGGAAAAGCUGCAAAAACUGCAAUGAACUUGUUCAGCCACAUGCCAGAAGCAACUAGCAGGGAGAAAGAAUUGAUGAAAGCAUGCACAGAUCCUGAGCUAGUAGCUGCAAUUAUUGGCAAUGCGAAGAUCACUGCUGCAGGCCUUGCACAAUUGAAGCAGAAGCAAAAGAAAAGUAAGAAGAGCAACAAAGAGGAAGCAUAGGAAGCUUUAGGUUAGGUUGGGAAUUUGUAAAAACUAAAGCUCAACAAGAAGAAAGAUGUCAUGUAAUGUCCAUCAUUUGCAGGAUUCCAGGAGAUCAAAUUGUCUUUGGAAUAGUUGUUACAGUGAAAAUUAUACAAAAUAUUACUUUCACACUCUGAAAA